UCCAGCCGAUCGAGCGUGUACCUACCGCUACCUGCGUGCCGUGCCAGCGUGCUGCUAGGCUGCUAGCUUCCUCGACCAAUCGGUAUCGCCAUGCCGCUCCUCAUCCUCCUCUGUGUCCUGCUACUGGCCGCCGGGCUCGAGCUCGCCCGCGGCUACCCGACGGCCGGCGCCGGCGACGCCCGCGCGUACAACUCGAGCAUGUGCCAGGGGUCCUUCGCGUGCGGGGGGCUUAACAUCCACUACCCGUUUUACCUCUCCAACGAGUCCAUGGUCGUCGACGGCGUGUCCCAGUCCUACUGUGGCUACCCCGGCAUGGCCGUGCGCUGCGACGACAGCCGCGCCAACGCCACCGCCACGCUCCGGCUCGCCGGGGGCACCAACUACACCGUCCUCGGCAUCGACUACGACAACCACACCAUCACGCUCGCCGACGCCGACGUCUCCAACGGCGUCUGCCCCAUGGUCCGCCACAACGUCAACAUCCCUCGCGAGGCGUGGCUCAACUUCACGCCCACCGGCAACAGCACCAUCUCCUUCUUCCUCGACUGCAGCUUCACCACAUACGUCACCGUCGCCCCUCUACCGCCGCCUGAGCUCGUCCCGAUCAACUGCACCGGCGGCUUCGGGCGCGGGAGGUCGUUCCUCGCCACGCAGCUCGGCGCGCCGGACGGGAACUGGGCACGGGCGUGCAAAGAGGUGUACGUGGCGCCCGUGCAGACCGGCGAGUGGCUGACGAGCCCGGAGUCCCGCGGGCGGCUCGGGAGCGGCGGGUACCGCGAGGUGCUGCGACGCGGGUUCCGGCUCAGCUGGGACCCGAGCGCCGGGCCGUGCUUCAAGUGCGAGCUGUCCGGGGGCCGGUGCAGCUACGACCAGCCCGGCGGGUUCCUCGGCUGCCUCUGCUCCGACGGCCGCGUGCGCAGCAUGGACUGCGGACCAAAGAAAACGAGCAAAAAUGCAAUAAUAGCAGUAGGAUGCUCCGCAGCAGCUCUGGUUCUAUUCGUGCUUCUCCUCGUGGUGUCCUUCCUGUACGUCCGCAAGAGGAGGCAGUACAAGAUGACCUCCUCGUCCAGGCUCCUCAAGUACAGCAACUCCGGCGGGACGCCCCGCUCCAGAGGCGGCAGCGACCUGGAUUCCGGCGGCGUCCACAACCUGCAGACCCACCACUUCGCCUACGAGGAGCUGGAGGAGGCCACCGGCGGCUUCAGCGACACCCGCGAGCUCGGCGACGGCGGCUUCGGCACCGUGUACAAAGGCCAACUCCGGGACGGCCGCAUGGUGGCGGUGAAGCGGCUGUACAACAACGGCUCCCGGCACGUGGAGCAGUUCCUGAACGAGGCAGCCAUCCUGUCGCGGCUGCGCCACCCGAACCUCGUCACCUUCUACGGCUGCACGUCCAGCCGCAGCCGGGAGCUGCUGCUGGUGUACGAGUACGUGCCCAACGGCACCGUGGCCGACCACCUGCAGGGCCACCGCGCCGCGGAGCGGGCGCUGCCGUGGCCGCUCCGCCUCAACGUCGCCGUCGAGGCCGCCGCCGCGCUAGCCUACCUCCACGCCAUCGACCCGCCCGUGGUGCACCGCGACGUCAAGACCACCAACAUCCUCCUCGACGCCGACUUCCACGUCAAGGUCGCCGACUUCGGCCUCUCCCGGCUCUUCCCGCUCGACGGCGCCACGCACGUGUCCACCGCGCCGCAGGGCACCCCGGGGUACGUCGACCCGGAGUACCACCAGUGCUACCAGCUCACCGACCGCAGCGACGUCUACAGCUUCGGCGUCGUGCUCGCCGAGCUCAUCUCGUCCAAGCCCGCCGUCGACGUCACCCGGGACCGCGACGAGAUCAACCUGGCCUCCAUGGCCGUGGGCAGGAUCCAGCGGUCGGAGCUGGACCAGCUGGUGGACGCCGAGCUUGGGUAUGGCUCCGACGAGGCCACGACGAGGGCGAUCACGAUGGUGGCGGAGCUGGCGUUCCGGUGCCUCCAGCAGAACAGCGAGAUGCGGCCGCCGAUCAGGGAGGUGCUCGACGGUCUCAGAGGCAUACAAGAGGGCGGCGCCAAGGCGAAGAAAUACGACGUCGUCGUCGUCCCCCGCUCCCCGUGUUGGAAUUGAUCUCAGGUUGUUAUAGACCGAGAUAAAAAAGGGAGUCCAAUCCCACGUUGGUGCUGCUGCUGCCAACUACGUCGCCCUGCUCCUGCCAUACUUUCCCGACGAUCUCCCUGUUGCCGUUAUUGGAGUGGAGACCGCAAGGUGCAGCCAUGGGCUAUACAGGGGAUCAAUUGAGCAGACAUUCGAUUUCAUACCUGUAAGUUCUCACAUACUCCUCUCUGUUAAUCGUUUAGGUGGUCUAAUGCUAGAAUUAAGAUCCUGUCACGUUUAUCCCUAAAGUUUGUUUCAAACACCCCGAACACCGUGCACGCUCCUUGGGACAGCAUGAGCACUACGCCGAGCAUUAGCGUGUAGCGCGUAUGGACGGAUCUUCAAAAUGUCACCUCCCCUCCUCAGCAAAGAUGAAUGUAAAUAGAAAUGUCGGUUGUGUUAUACUAGGAGCGAAAACUUGUAACUCGUCCUAGUGUGUUGUUUCAGUUUGCAUUUGUCCCCUAUAAAAGCACAAGGCAGAUCAAAAGCAUCACCUGAACCGUCUGAUUACAAGAUCUAAAGGUUCAAAACCUUUCAAUGUUAAACACCAACGACGUUGAGUUCGCUAAGCACUCGGGUCCAACACUAACUAGUAGAAUGCCCGUGCGUUGCCACGGGCUUUCGAACUCGUUUUCUGGUUGCAUCGCCUUCCAACGAUAUCAUCUUGGGACCCUUGUCGAUGGAUCUUUUUGAGCGUCUCUCUCAUAAUUAAAUUAUAUAUUCAGAGUUUUUUGUUCGAACUACAAAGCAAAAGAAGAUAAACCAAAAUACAA